ACAUCAUAAAAUAGCAACAUAAUUUAUGAAAUAAAAAUUUCAUUUCAUUUUUAAACAAAUUUUAUAUUUAAACACAAAGCACAAACAAAAUGGCGUUACACUCCAUAACAAUCUUAUUAAUAAAACUUUUUUAUAUCUCUGACGUAAUUUUGUAUCGUCAUGAAGACGGUUGGGACUAUAAAGAAUGUCUUCCAGUGCAAGAAAAAUGUGAAUAUUGGCUUGUCAUUCAAGAAAAACUGACAAUGAUUUUUCAUAAAGAUUUAGUUUAUGCAGAGAAUGGAAAACUAUACUUAUAUAAUGAAAGUCCGUCAAACUUUACAACAGAGGUGCCAAUUGAGGAAGUAAUCACAGCAGAUGGUGUUAACCGCAUGAUUGAAGCAGUAAACGGCACUCUUCCUGGGCCUCCUAUUGUUGUAUACGAGGGUCAAACAGUAAUCGUUCACAUUAGAAAUACUCUUUUGAGUAAUUCAGCUACAAUUCACUUUCAUGGGCUUCAUCAAAAAGAUACGUCAUAUUUUGAUGGUAUGCCGUACGUCACGCAAUGUCCAAUAGCUGCUGGACAAACAUUCACCCACAGAUUUAAGGCAGAGCCAAAAGGAACAUUUUGGUACCAUUCACACAUUGGAUCCCAAAGAACAAACGGUGUAUACGGCGCUUUUAUCGUUAAAGAAAGGCAUUCUGCUGGAGUUAUUCCUCCGACAGAUAUGAUUAUGACUGUUGGAGAUUGGCAUCAUGAAAGCAGCGAUGAGGUUUAUGUGAAAAUGGUAUACGGUAAUUUUAUUGGCCGAAAUAAGUACGAAGCUACUGGGACACAAGACGGUGGUCACUUUAGUGGCGUUCCAUGGGUCUCAGGUUUAAUAAAUGGAAAAGGAAGAUAUCUUGAUCCAAAAACAGGUACUAAAGUUAUGGCCCCUUUAAGUUGGUUUAAUGUAACAAAAAAUAAAAAAUAUCGUUUCCGUGUUAUUGGAGUUGGAUCACUUUAUCCACUACGAAUUUCAAUUGAUGAUCACUCACUAGAAAUGGUUGCUUCUGACGGGUACGAUUUUCAAACUUUUACAGUUGAAUCAUUUAUUAUUAACCCAGGAGAACGAUACGACUUUAUUUUGGAAGCAAAUCGACCCGUUGGUAACUAUUGGAUACGGGCAGUGAGUUUAGAGAUUGGAGUUGUAGAUCAUGCUUUUGAAGCGAUUUUACACUACAAAGGGUCGCGUGAUGAUGAACCGGUAACAAAAAGAAAACUUUGUACAAAAACAGACAUGUGCGAAGUUUUAAAUUGCCCAUUUCUUUACUUUCCGGCCAGUGAAAACAUAAUAUGUCAUCGAAUUUCUGAAAUGAUCAGUACAAACUUCAAGGAACCACCACCUUCUUGGGAAGAUGACUCUGAAGAAUACUUUUUGAAUUUUGCAUUUCCAGGAGAAAAGGUCACGCCGGGUUCAGUUAAUGGAAGAAAGUUUGAGUUUCCUGGUAUUAAUUCAUUGUUUCAAGAUAAUCAGGUGGGUCAAAUAAAAGAUUAUGAUUGUGCCAAUCAUGACUGCGGAGACGACAAGAUUUGCUACUGUCAUUUUCAAAUUACGUUGCCCUUUAACAAGACAAUACAAAUGGUGUGGCUUAACAUGGGCGUUGGUGCUGGAUGGGCUCAUCCAAUACAUUUACAUGGUCAUAGUUUCCAUGUUAUGAAAAUGGAAUAUUCAACAUCAGAUAAUAUCACUGGAAAGCUGUUGUCUCCUUCGCCUCAUAUUGAUUGUAAUGGUGGACUAAACUUUUGCAAUAGUGCUCAGUGGCAAGAUGCUUCUUGGGAAAAUGGAAAUGUUCCUGGACUUAAUUUAAAGAAUCCACCGUUAAAAGACACAGUUAUAAUUCCAACAGGUGGAUAUGCAGUUAUACGAUUUCGAAGUACAAAUCCAGGAAAAUGGUUUCUUCAUUGUCAUAUUGAAGUUCACGCUUUGGAUGGAAUGGGCAUGGUUAUAAAUGAAGCGCCUGAAAUACCAAUUCAGCGUCCAAAAGGAUUUCCAUUAUGUAACCACUUUUACGAUGACCCUUCGAGAGAUAUUGAAUACAUUCACGCGCAUCUUAACGAAACAGAGGCAGAGAGGUUUUACCAAAAUAAAUUAGGCGAACAAAAUUCAAAUAAGAACGCUUGUAUUAAAAGUCAUAGAUUUAAAAACGCUGAAACAGCAUUAAUAAUUGCUGUCACUUUUGGGUCAAUUGUCAUAGUUCAAUUUCUUAUAAUUUGCUUAUGCGCAGUUUCGGGAAGAAGAAAAAUGAAAUGAAAACACAAAAACAUUUUUUUUAACAGGUUUUAAAGUUCAAUUGGCUUUUUAUUCUAGAUGAUAUUCUUUUUGUAUAUAAAAAUUUUCAUAUAUUAUUUAUAUAUAAAAGGUUAUGUAUAAGAAUUGUAUUUUUAUAAUAAAAAUAAUGAAAAGUUUAA